CCCUGGCAAGGGGCAGGCUGAGGCGUCGCUCCGAUAACGCGCCUGCGCGCGGGACGCUCAGCGCACGCGUCGUGGCGCGUUUCCAAGGCAGUUGUUUGAGCCAUGUCGGCGGGGCUGCUGAGUCCGGAGCCGGCAGGGAGCGGCGAGUCUGAUGUCUUUGAAAUUGACCUUCCCAUCACAAUCUUUGUGCUGAGUGAUGAUGAUUUUCUAGAAAGUGAAGAUGAAGAGGAGGCAAUUUUGAGUGAUGGUGAUAUUUUGAAGAGUGAAGAAGAAGAGAUGGCCACUUCGAAUGAUGGUGAUCUCCCAAAAAAAGGCAAAGAGGAAAAGCAGGUGCCUUCAAGUGGUGGUGAUGUUCUAAGGAGUCAGGUGCAGCCCCACUUGAAUGAAGAUGAUGAUCUAAAAUAUCCAGAGGAAGAGCAGGUUACUCUGAGUGUGUUUGAGAAAUCAGAUUCAGCCCAAAUUUCUUUAAGUGAUCAAUAUGCUCCGGGCAGUAGCAAACCCAGCCAAAAUGAUGUGUCAUGCCUGUCAGCUCCCAGAAUGGACCCUGGAGAGGUAAAUGAAUGUGUCAAAAGCAAGGAUGACAUCGAUUGCCAAAAGGUUCCUGUUCCUCUCUCCUGUGGUGACAAUAAGGAUAAAGAUGGUCUGACUAUUGAGACAAAUAGGCAGCUGAUUCCAGGAACAAUAUUUAAAGAUGGAAAAGAACGUGAGACUUCUGCAAUCAAUUCCUCUGACAGCAAUCAAGAGUGCCAGCCAGCACUCCAUUGUAAAGAAGCAGAGAGAUGUGUUGAGACUGAAGGUACUGUCCCUUUAGAGAAGGCAAAGAAUAGAACUGAUGACAGAACAAGAAAGAGAAAUGGCUCUACAAAUGAAACUCUGAAUUGUGGAAUGGAUAGCAACUUUGAAGAUCUGAAUGCUGUAGAAGAAAUAGACCAAGUCCAAAGUAUUUUUUUUACUUCUAUUAAUGGUGACUUUUCUACAGCAGGAGAGUUGCUGGAAGAUGUAGGGGACUUGGCAAUGAAUGCUUGUGAUAAUCCUGGAUUAAAUAUUUCUGAAGAGCUUAUUCAUCAGUCUGUAAUUCAUUCUCCCAGGGAGAUGGAGAAGCGAGAAGAUUGUGAUUUUUCUCAUGGGAUUAUAAAACACCCAAAUGUAAAGCAUCAAGAAGAGACAUUCCUCCUAGGUAAUGAGCAUAACAAUGAAGCUGUUUCUAUGGGAUUUUGUUCUACCUACAAGAAUGAGAAGACACUGAAUGUGAAAUGCAGGUUUUGUAGCUCUGUGUAUACAAGUAAAAAUAUUCUAAAGAAACAUGUUCAUUCAGCACAUCAGGAUAAAAAAAUUCACAAAUGCUGCUUUUGCCAAAGAAGCUUUUUCUUUUCUGUCAAUGCUAAACGCCAUCUUAAAUGUCAUAAGAAAAUGACCAGGUUGAAAAAGACAAGAAAAGGUAGAAGUAUGAACACUGAAAAAGCCAGGAAGGAGAACCCAGCAAAAACACAAUCUGCGAAUAAAAAAAGGGAAAGUAAGUAUGAGAAAUUUUUCAUCAAAAUUGAAAGGGACUGUAAAACUGCAGAUGCGCCAGUUACUUUUUCCUGUAAAAUUUGUCUCUUUGCUUCACCAGAUCCUAAACUUUUUGUUUAUCAUAUGAAGGGACAUAAAGGCAGACAGCCUUAUCAGUGUCCCCAGUGUGACUAUUCUUGUGUUAGCUUGUCCUAUAUGCUAAAUCACAUGUACUGGCAUGCUGGCUAUAGACUGUACAAAUGCAGGUUCUGUACAUUUUUUUCACUGUAUUUUGCAAGCAUGGUGAAACACAGUUACAUUCAUACAGGGGCUAAGCCGUAUUCCUGUGAAUUCUGCCAGUCAUCAUUCACAAGCACAAGUGGCUUAAAGAGACACACAAAUAUACAUGUUGCCAAAGAACUGUGCCAAGGGCAGCAACACUUUGGCUUGCCUGUCAAGGGGAAGAGAACUAAAAGUCCUCCAAAGAGUUAUACAUGUGAUCAAUGUAACUUAGUAUUUUACACUAAAGGACUACUCUGCUUUCAUGAGAAAUUUCAUAGCCAAGUUAAAGGCUGUGAUGAGAUGUUUGCAAAUGAGAGUAAUGAAUACAAUAAAAGCAAAGCAUGUACAGAUGACAAUGAUUACCAAAAGGAUUGGGUUUCUUCUGGUUCUGACAAUAAAUGGGAUGAUCACCUGCUUAAUGAGACACAUGAAAUGCUGGCUUCAGGAGCAGAAUUUGAACAGGAGAAUGAAUUUGAGAGGGAUAUGAAUAUAUGCUCUGGCAAAAAAAUGUGCCAAAGCAGCCAGGGAACCAACAAUUUGCCUGUUGUGAGGACUGGAUCAGAAACUCUUUUCAGUAUUUACAAGAGCGAGCAGUGUGAUUUAGUGUUUUGCAAAGAGAAGCAUCUGUUUUUUCAGAAGGUCACUCAUUCACAAGUUCAAGAAUGUAAUGAGAUUGUUACAAAGGCUCCCAAGGCUGAAGAAAAGGCUAAGUGUAUUGAUGUACAGCCUCACAAACUGUUCAAGUGUCAACAAUGUGAUUAUGCCACUUACAUUUUUAGCAACCUUAAGCUGCAUUUUAGAAUACACACUGGUGAAAAACCAUUUGAGUGUAAAGAGUGCAACAAGAUGUUUCGCACCUCCAGCCAUUUGCGGAGACAUAGUCUUAUGCAUAUAAAGAAAAGUCAUGAAUGUGACUAUUGCCAUUAUUUGGGCAGCACUUCAGACAAUCUUAAACUGCACUGUGAAAUACAUAAGGGCACCUGCCCUAAAAGGGAAGAUCUUAGUUUUUCAAAAGACUUAAAGUGUGUCCGUUCCAUAUUCAGCUCAGAAAACUUUCAGAAACAAAUGGAUGUUCAUGAGGGCAAAGAAAAUGAACAUGUUCUACCAUCACAAAGUCUUACACAACUUUACAAGUGUGAACAGUGUAAUUACAUCACUUAUGUUUUAAGCAACCUCAAGCUACACACAAAGAUUCAUACAUGUGAAAAACCCCACAGCUGUGACACUUGUCAGAAGAAGUUUCGUACUUCAGGUCAUCUAAAUCGACACAAGCUUGUGCAUUUAAAGAUGGAACGCCUCAAGUGUAGGAACUGUGACUAUUCAACGGACAAAUGGCAAUCCCUUAAGUGGCAUUUGGCUUCACACUUGGAUGAAAAAAACAUGGCUGGUAGCAAAGUCAAAGAGCAAUCGCUGCUACCUGUCAAAAUAUACAAGUGUGAAGACUGUGGCUAUGCUACUGCCCAUAGUGGAAAUUUUAAGCAGCAUUUGAGAAUUCAUACAGGUGAAAAGCCAUACAAAUGUGAUCAGUGUGCUCUCGCUUUCCGCACUUCUAGCCACCUGAAGCGCCAUUUACUAACUCAUUUAAAGUUACACUGCAACAAAUGAAGGAAAUGACUUAGUUGAUUUAAAUACAUUUGGCAAAAUGCUGGUAUAUUUUUUCAGAAAUAUUCAAGUUUAUACUUUUCAGUGCUGCUUGUAUCUUUUGAAGAUUUUUCUGUUAGCCCUAUACAAAGGACAAAUAACAGAAAUAUGUAGUAUGUAUAUUUCAGCAAUUUGUAUUAAACAGUUUGUUUAAUGUUUGUAAAA